AUGUUACAUGCAGCACGGGAGAAACUCGUCCCUAUUCGAGGGCGCCUAAAUUCCAUCGGUCUCGCUUUAUGUCGACUGCUGUGUGGCAAGGACCCGAGGAUCCGCGGGCGAGCUUGGCAUCGGAUCUUUGAGAAGGCUGACUGGCUCAAGAAGGCUGCCAAACUCGGCGCGUGCCCAACGCUGAUUGGGACGGACCUCCCAGGCCUGGCGGGUGGACAGGCUAAUCUGUACCUUUUACUCGCGGAUUUUGACCUGCACGGAGAUCUCCGGUACGACAUCGACACCUUCCUGGACUGCUUACGUCGACCCUACACCCUCGACAAGAAGCGGUGGGAGGUUUGCCUCGAAGAAGGCAUCACGGUCGCUAUCCACGCGUUGAAAUGGAGCGCGGAGGUCACGCCUGUCGACACGGAGCGAAUUUUCACGGACGCUCGCCCUGAGGCGGUUUCGACCUAUUACAUGUUCUGGGACCACCCCGAGCUUUUCAAGACCCGCAGAGGAAAUCUCGGUAGUCAAGGAGGUCCUUCUGCCACCGACCCGAUAACUCAAGCGCUUACGCUCCGACCGAGUCACCCCGACUUCGAUUGCGUGUUCAAGCUCGUGCACCCCAAAAACGGCCCAAUGGGAUGGUUUGCGGUUCGUCGUAGGGGUCCGGGUCACGCCCCUGCAGUCCAGGAUGGCCCUCGAUGA